AUGUCCGGACGCAAAGUUGUUGGGCUACACUGCAAAAUCCUGUUCAGCCAGGAUCUACUUUUAAGUUGUGGAAUUGAUCACUUUGCUCGUAUACGGGAUUCUAUUACAAUUAUCAGUCCUGCGAAUAAGCUACAUCCACGAGAUGAUGUUCUGGCUACUGGCAGUUCAAGGUCUCUCUUCAUUUGGAAGCCCAAAGAGAAGUUUGAGAUUGAACAACCACCGGAUGAGAAAAAGAUUAUUCUUUGUGGAAAGGCCGAGAAGUAA